AUGAGGUUCAAAUUCCCUCUCCUGGCCAUUGGCCUGGAGGUUGGCAUGAUUGUUUUAUUUGCAUCAUUUGUUCAGUAUGAAAUGCAUCAGGACACUCACCAGCGAUCCAACAGCACCACGGCACCAGAUGUGGACAGAUUCAUUGAGUUAUACCCCCUCUUCCAAGAUGUGCAUGUUAUGAUAUUUGUUGGGUUUGGCUUCCUCAUGACCUUCCUGAAGAAAUAUGGCUUCAGUAGUGUGGGCAUCAACCUGUUGAUUGCUGCUCUGGGCCUCCAGUGGGGCACUCUGGUACAAGGGAUCCUGCACAGCCUUGGACAGAAAAUUCACAUUGGGAUCAAAAACAUGAUAAAUGCAGACUUCAGUACAGCCACAGUUCUGAUUUCUUUUGGAGCUGUCCUGGGAAAAAUAAGUCCAGUCCAAAUGCUGAUCAUGACGAUCAUAGAAAUUACUAUCUUUGCUGGCAAUGAGCAUCUGGUUGCUGAGGUGUUUAAGGCCUCUGACAUUGGAGCAUCGAUGACAAUUCAUGCCUUCGGGGCCUACUUUGGCUUGGCUGUAGCAGGUGUGCUGUAUCGGCCAGGCCUGAGAAGGGGGCAUGACAAUGAGGAGUCUGUGUACCACUCAGACUUGUUUGCAAUGAUUGGGACUCUUUUCCUAUGGAUAUUUUGGCCCAGCUUUAAUUCAGCCAUUGCUGAUGCUGGAGAAAAACAGUACAAGGCUGUCGUCAACACAUAUUUCUCCCUCGCUGCCUGUGUACUCACAGCCUAUGCCUUCUCCAGCCUCAUGGGGCACCGAGGCAAGCUGGACAUGGUACAUAUUCAGAAUGCAACCCUUGCUGGAGGAGUUGCUGUGGGCACUUGUGCGGACAUGGAGAUCCACCCAUGCAUCGCUAUGAUCAUUGGGAGCGUGGCAGGAAUGGUCUCUGUGAUUGGAUUUAAGUUUCUGACGCCAAUUUUUGCUACUAAACUGAGGAUCCAAGACACAUGUGGGGUCCAUAACCUUCAUGGUUUACCUGGUGUGAUAGGAGGCCUCACGGGCAUUGUGGCAGUGGCCUUGGGGGCAUCUGACAGGUCUACCCCUGCCAUGCAAGCAGCCGCUCUAGGUUCUUCCAUCGGAACAGCAGCUGUUGGAGGGCUGGUCACAGGUUUAAUUCUAAAGAUUCCUAUCUGGGGACAGCCAUCUGAUGAGAACUGCUAUGAUGAUUCUGUGUUUUGGGAGGUCCCUAGGUGGAGAGAACACGGCAAUCAUUUCCACGAGCAUAGCGGCCACAACCAGUUGGAACCUGACCUCUAAUACCAUUCUUCUGCCUCAACUUCCUUUCUCUUUAUCUACAAUAGACUCAAGUUUAAACAGACAAAAAGCAUCCAAUGAGAGUAUAGAUGGGAGUGGAAGAUCCUGAGCCCCAAAUGUUUAGUGUAAAAAUGUCUUAUAAUCUGGUGUUGUCUCUUGGUAUUCAUUGAUUGUUUAGUUGAGGAACUAUAUGACUCAUAAAACAGAUGGUCAAGACUAAGUUUGGCCAGUGGGUAGGUACAGGGUUAACGUUUGAUGUAUUCGUGUAAUUUUUCCCCAUGGAGGUAGAUUUAUAUAGAAUCAACACUUUCUACACAUGUCAGUUUCUUAAAUGUAGUUACUGUGUCUUCAGUUCCAAAAAUGAUAAAACUGGAGCCAAAGAAACAAUGAUGUAUAUAAGAAUUAUGUAUAGAAAGACUAGCCUUAGUUGCAAAUGUUUUUAUCUCAUCAAGAAAGGACAUCAAAAAAGGAAAACUACCAACUGUUAUCAUUUCUUAAAAGAAAAAGAUGAGUCCAACAUCACAAAAAUGGAAAGGACAUAGAUUCAGAAUAAAAGACAAUCAUUUCAACUGAAUAAAAUUUAACCCUCAUAAUAACAAAAUGAAAUAAAAACAAUAAAGUAUCAACACUUGUACUUAAAAAAAAAAAGACUGCAAGGAAACUCCACCUACUUUACUUUCUGAGUCGGGGUUUACAUGCCAAGCUAAUUAGUUGUCUCUAACCUUUCUCCCCCGAAUUUCCAGAGAAGCAUGCACAUACAUUCACAUGCAUCAAUACAUACAAUGUAUUCAUCACUGUACCUGUACAUAGCACAGGUUCAGAAAAAGAUAUAUAAAAAAUGUAUGUUUGUAAACCAAUAAUACAAUUGUUUUUGGUAAUGCUUUUUUGAUUUAAAAAAUGGUUGGGUUAGUAAUAUUAUGUUUUUGCUUGAAUAAUUCUUAUGCUUAAUUUCUUUUGUAUGUAUACUAUUUGCAUAAACAGCUCAAAUGCUGUCUGACUGAAGUCUAUUUUGUAUAAAAUUCCAAAGGAUUAAAUGUUAUUAUAAAAUAAAGUAUUAGUCUUUGGCUCUCCUUUCUUUGGAGGUUAAAACUCAUUUUAUCAAUAGCAACAUAGUAUUAUCUUUUAAUGAAAGUUAUGAAGGAGAAAUAAAAACAAUGUAUCCUAGAAAUCAUCCUCCAGCUUUCUGUCUGGGGAAAUCUGUUAAGUGACUCCUCCUCCCCUAAUAAUGGGGUAGGGGGAGUUUCCAGCAGAUUUCGGGCUGUUCUUAAAGUUUUGGCAGGCCAUUCUCUCACUAGCACAUGAAAUCAAGAUGGUCGUGGGUUCGGAAGUGCAUUUAAAGUAUUUGCUUAUGAACUUCCUCAGUCAGAAUAGAAAAGUAAUUAAAGUACUGUCUCAAUUUUUCCGCCUUGGAC